AUGGAUUUUGAAGAUGAAGAUAAUGCUUAUUUGGAAGUAGGUGAUAAUCGAAAUGUAAAAUGUCGUCAUUAAAAUAACCACAAUAAGAGAACUAAUCAAAGAGAAAGCUAUUUAAGAAAUUGUAAUAUUCAAAAACGACAAGAAUAAGGAUAUAAAGAUAAAUUAUAGAUUAAUGAUUAAGAAAAUGAAAAAUAAUUAAGGAAACUACAACAAUAGGAAAAGAAAUUGAAGGUGAUAGAAAAAAGAAUUUAAAAAUAAAUGGAUAUCUAAAAAGAUAAUGAAAAGAUGUAGCCUAAAAAAAAGUAAAAAGUUAAUCAUUAAAUUGCUAUAAGAGAAUAAUGA